ACGAAACAGCGUGAGGGACAGAAAACGACCCUGUUUAUGGAAAUCCUCCUCCUCACCAUCAUCGCUGUUAGUCUCACACUCAAACAUGGACAGUGGACUGACAGAUCUUCACUGAGGAUUUUAAACUCACCUGGAGUCGGACAAAGAGAAAAACCUGGACUCAAAACCUGAGUGAAACUUCCAUGAGUGAUUGAAAUUCGUCCCAGCUGAAUCCCAGCUAGGCCAUGCUCACGCUAUGACCACUACAAUGGUUCGGUCUGUAAUAUUGACAGUCCUGAUACAUACCGUCCUGGUAUCCCACGGUGCUCAGUGUUUGCAGCCUGUUGAGGGAGCCUCCCUUCAUUCAGGUGUCCUGGACCUCCCUUGGCAGGAUGAGCUGUGCUGUGACUCACCUUCAGCCCACCUCACUGUGGAGGGAGACAGCACACACAUUCCUGAGACAAACCGCUCUGAAUCAAACCACCCACACUAUCCCCUCUGCAGCUUCAGGAGCUCAUCCACAGAAUCACGUCCUCAUGAUUCCUCUGGCGGGACCUGCUUGGACAUCCUGUGCAGAAUUAAUGAAAACUGGGAAAACUUAACAUGUGAACUUCAGUCUCGUGCUCCACCAUCAACCACGCUGGAUGCUGGCCUCAUGGCAGUUAGUUUACAGCGUCUUCUGUCCCAGAAAGACGACGCAGAGCUGGAUGAUGGGAAAUUUGCACCUGAUACUCGUGUUGUCUGUGAGGCCGAGGAUUCCUUCAUGUGUUCAGUCGCUCUCGACGCUACAACAGGCUUUAACAUCGUGUUAACUGUCAGCAUAUCCGAUGCCGUCGCUCCGCUGAUCGUCCUCAGAAUACCUGCCCGACCUGUGAAGCCAAGCCCUCCAGUCAACCUGUCACAUGUCCAGACCAUUGAGGCAGAACUGAUUCUACACUGGGACGACCCGUCAGACUUUGGUACCGGUCCACUGAGAUACGAAGUCCGACACUCCUCCAACACCACUCGUCCCGCCUGGCAGGUGGUGUCUGUUUCUGGAGAACCCCGGUUGUCUCUGGACCUGAAGGCCAGACUGAACUACACCAUCCAGGCUCGCUGCUCCGGCCUUGACGAGCCUCCAGUGUGGAGCGACUGGAGCAAACCUCACCACAUCUACCUGGACACAGUGAGCUACAUCCCUGAGAAAGUGGUGGUGAGACCCGGGGAGAACGUAACGGUGUAUUGCGUGUUCAACGACCACAGCCACAACGCCAGCACGGCCAUGUGGAUGCUCAACUUCAAACAGCGGCUUCAUCGCAGUCAGUACCACCCGGUCAACCAGUGGGUCAGCCAGAUUACAGUGCGUCCCUCGGAGACUCGGAUGUAUGAUCUUCUGCAGUGCACCCAGUGGACCAUCCCGUACAGCCAGAUCUAUGUAGAAGGAGCUUUCAUCGAUAUAAAAUGUGAAACCAACGGUGAUAUUGAUGGUAUGGACUGCAGCUGGAAUAACACACAGUGGACUAAACCCAACUUCAGAUCCAGGUGGGCCGACCUGCCGUGUGACGUGAUGGAGGAGAGAGAACGAGCGGGGGAGAAUGUCGGGGAGUUGGGACCCUCCUGUCUGCAGGUUCGAAACAGGCAGAAAAGCUGCACCAUCCAUCCUCUGAGGAUGAACUGCUACAAGCUGUGGCUGGAGGUGCCGUCCCGACUCGGCCCUAUCAGGUCUAAACCCGUCUACCUGUCGCCCAUAGAUUAUGUGAAACCUCACACACCCACUAAUGUGAAGGCAGUGAGUGGGAGCAGUGGGUUCCUGAUGGUCACCUGGGAUCCUCCGUAUCUGCCAGGCGACGGGCUCCAAUGUCAGUUUCGGUACCACUCGUCCUCCGCUCUGAGAGCCCAGCCGGAGUGGAAGGUCCAGAGUGCAGUGCGUGUGCCGUGGGCGGAGGUCGCUGUGUCGGACAUGUGCAGGGUGUAUGUGGUACAAGUACGAUGCAUGCAUGCCAACGGCACCGGCUACUGGAGCGAAUGGAGCGAUUCGGUCUACUCCACGCCUCAGAACAGCAGAGCUCCUGAACGUGGACCUGAUUUCUGGAGAAUCCUUCAAGAUUAUCCAUACAGGAACCAGACUAAUGUCACUCUGCUGUUUCAGCAUCUUCAAAUAUCAGGGCGCUCUUACUGCGUUGAUGGAUUUAUUGUCCAGUACGAGGCCUCAGGAGGCUCUGUGAUGAGGGAGCAGAUCGAGCUGGCGUCCUCCUACAGCUUUGAGUGGAACCAGGUGCCUCAAGUGGUGACUGUGGAGGCGUACAAUGAUGUGGGGAGCUCCACUAACAACAUCAACAUGAGGCUGGAGCGACAACCCAAACGCCGAUGUGUGCGUGCGUUCAGUGUGUUGGUUAUCAACAGCACCUGUGUGUCUCUGUCCUGGAGUCUGCUGGACAACAGCUCCGUGCCUCUGUCCAUGGUGGUCCAGUGGUCUCCACAGAGACAGCAGGACUCGGAUCAUCACAAAGGCUGGAGUGGAGAAACUUGGGCCAGGCUGCCCUACACCGAACGCCCCAUCCAUCUGAGAGGUGAUUUCUUUGGCUCUGAGGAGUUCUACUUGUACCCUGUGUUUGCUGAUGGAGAAGGGGAGCUGGUGUACGCCACAGCCACCAGAGGAUAUCCUGCAGCUUACAUGAUGCUGAUGAUCAUCUCCUUUCUCUCCAUUGUCCUGUUCGUCACCCUGAUCCUCUCCCAAAACCAGAUGAAAAAGUUUGUGUGGAAAGAUGUUCCCGAUCCAAACAAGUGCUCCUGGGCCAAAGCACUAGACUUCAAAAAGGCUGACACCUUUGACCACCUGUUCAGACCGCCAGAGGGCCUGUCAGCCUGGCCGCUGCUCCUGCCGUCUGAGAACAUUUCCACAGUCGUCUUAGUGGACAAGAUCGAUCUGUCGGCUCUGACUACAGCUUUAGUCCAAGCCCCUCUUGUGUCCUUAUCUCCCAACCCAGCCACUGCCUUAUCUAUCUCCAUCCCUUCAGGGUUUGACUCAGAGGUCAAACAAGCCCAAAGCACGGAGAGCGAGGUGUCCCUAAGUGGAGCUUCUUCCUUAGCCAUUAAUAUAGAUGCUUUAACCAGUUUAAAUCAGUCACAGCUUGUGGAUCCCACAGAAAACCAGCCUCCACGCAGCUCUGACAGCUCUGCUCAGUCUUCAGUCACAUACGCCACCGUGCUGCUCUCCGAUCUGAAGCAGGAGCAGCAGCCCAUUCAUCUCUACAAGGACGGUAGUGGCAGCAGCUCCAGCGACGAGGGAAACUUCUCCGCCAACAACUCAGACAUUUCUGGAUCUUUCCCCGGUGGCUUGUGGGAGCUGGAAAGCUGCCGAGGGGGAGAGCUGGACGACCCGCGUCGCUCCUGCUCCUACAACUCUGUGGAGGAGCUUUCUGAAACGUCAGGGCAAGAGGACGAAGACGAGGAGGAGAGGCGAGAAGAGAAGGACUUGUAUUAUUUAGGAAUGGACUAUCCGGCAGAGGAUGAGGAGAGCGAGGAAGACGAGGAGCAGACAGAAGAGGACACGUCUAUCGAGCUGCUUAAAAGUGUAGUUUUGAACAGAGAGGACUGUUCUGUAGAGUCGCACCCUUUGCUUGGCCCCGAGGAGUCAAACGAGCUGCUGUCAGCACGUGGCUUUUCGUCGCUGUACCUGCCUCAGUUCAGAACUGCUCCAUGCACGAGGCAACUCACAGCUCAAGCACACGAUGGCAGCGGUGACUCUCACACAGACUGCAUUUAGAUAACAAUGUACGCCUUUAAAAUCCGUCCUGUUUUUGACUAAUUCAGAUGUUACCAAAGCGGAUUUUCACGUUCCUUCAGACAUAUUGAGGUGUAGAGCUAAAAAAAAAAAAAGUUAAAAUACCUCAACUUGUGUGA